AUGGAGGCGGAAUUUGUCGCGGCGAGUGAAGUCGCGCGCGAGCUGCUCGGCCUGCGCGAGAUUUUGUGCGAAGUGGGCGUAGAGCCCGCGCUUCCGAUGCUAUAG